GCGUCUAGGGUUAGGGUUUAGAAGUGCGUCGUUGAUGCUAUAUAAAUCUCGCUUUCAUCCAACUCCAUUAAUUUACAUGGUGAGCAUCCCCUUGCGGCGUCUUCUCCUGCGGCAACUCCUCCUGCGGCAACUCCUCUGUGUGAAGGGAUUAUAAAGAAUUUGAUCAUAAUCAAAGAGAACAAUGUCAGGUGAAGAAGGUGCUGCUGCUGUUGCGGCUGAGACAUCUGUUGUCCCUAAGGAGAUGGACUUGAUUACAGCUUUGCAACAUGUGUUAAGGAAAUCUCUUGCUCAUGGUGGGCUGGCUCGAGGUCUUCAUGAAGGUGCAAAGGUGAUUGAGAAACAUGCUGCCCAGCUCUGUGUAUUAGCUGAGGAUUGCAACGAGACUGAUUAUGUCAAGCUAGUGAAAGCACUUUGCAAUGACCAUAAUGUUAGUCUACUGACAGUUCCCAGUGCUAAGACCCUUGGUGAAUGGGCUGGACUGUGCAAGAUAGACUCUGAGGGGAAAGCCAGGAAGGUAGUCGGUUGCUCGUGUGUUGUUGUCAAGGACUUCGGAGAAGAAAGCUCAGCCUUGACAGUAGUCCAGAGUCAUAUUAAGUCUCACUGAUUUGCCAUUUUUGAUGGGUUCUAAAUUGGAGUCAUUUUGCAGUAGACCCUUUUUUCUGCAAUUAUUGUGCCUCUCUCUAUAUAGUCAUUUUUGGGUUACUCAAUUUAGAAUUAUGAGCUACUGCAUGUGCUUUUUGAAUAUGAGUUUAUGAUGUUGUCUUUUAAAGGUUA